UGAUCCCAUUUAUUUAAAUGUCCAUUAAACAAAUCUGUAGAAAAGAAAGUAGAUUAAUGCUUACCAAGUGUUGGGGAUGAAUGGAGAAUGGCUGAAAAAUGGGACAGAGAUUUCUUUUGGGGAUGAUGUAAAUGUUUUAGUUUGUAGUGACAGUUGCACAACUCUGUAACUAAAAUCAAUGAAUUGAAUGCUUUAAUAAAUAAAUAAAAUAAAGCUGACUUUAAAAGGUUAUAAUUCUUUUCAGCUGUUUAAGGUUGAAACCCUCUCAGAUGGUUAAUGAUCUCAUGCCUCAGGUCUCUAUUAAUUAUAUGGGAGAAAUACUCCCGUACCCCACUUAGCAAGUUAGGCAUAAUGUUACAUGACCUGCUUUCUUCUCCAUCUACUCCUCGAUUUACUAUUCUUAAUACUAAGGUAUCAUUUAGAAACCACGGUGUUACUCGUGUUUACUGACAAUAGAUAAACAAAGUGUAUUUUUCUUCAGCUUGCUUAAUUCCAAAUUCCCCUAUAUUUAAGCAAAACAAAUUACCUUUGGAAUCACAUAUGACUUUUAAUCACAACGUAUAAGCCAGAAAACAGAUGAACAGAUUUGACUACACUUGUGUGUUUAGCCAAGUAUAGCACUUCCCUGAACUGUUUGGUCUUUUUGACAUCUGACUAAACAUGAGGGGCCUCUUUCUAUUUUAACAGAUUUUUCCCAUCCCUUUCCUUCCUUCUCAUUCUCCAUGGCCAUAAUUUCUCCACUUUUACCAUAGUUCCAAUAUCUUACUUGCACUUAUUACAAAGUCCACCCCCUACUCCUUUCCCUUCCUGUCCUUCAAAUAGCCUUUCCUAGCCUAAUCUUGAGUGUGAGGAGAAACUACCAUUUAAGCAGUAGUCAGUGAAAUACUUUUCCCUCUAGACACAGACUUAGUGGACCUUCAUGGAUAAGAUAUUUGGAAAAAUUUUAAAUGUCGUUUACAGUUUUUUUUUUUUUGCUUCUUGAAAGAGAAGAACUGUUGCAAAGUAUUAAUUUUGAUCUUAACUCUGACACAUUUAUUAACACCCCAAAAAAGCAAAGAUAUAUCAUAUAUGUCUUGCCAGAAGGCUACUACAAAAUAUUUUAAGGUUCUAUCUUCUCUAAUUUCUGGCUAGUAGAUACAGUUAUCUAAAUUACAAAAAGUUAUAAUUUGUUGCUUAAUGAUAGUGUUAUGACUUAUUUUUAAAGUCCCCUAAAUAAACCAACUUUUGAAUAAAAAUGGGCUUUUCAUUUUAAUAACACAUACUCCUUGAUGAUAAUGGUUUGAUUCAUUUCUCUUACAGAACUAAUUUCUUCCUACUUCACACACAUUAAAUACUUUGUUUAUACUGAUAAUGUCAUGCUCAUCCUAAAUUAAAGUUUGACUAUGUCUGUUUCCCCAGAGACACACCAUCUGAUUGGGAUGCAGCCGUAGAGUAGCAGAAAGAGCAGUGAAGCUGGUAUUAGAAUGCUUGGAUUACAGUGUUUGUUCUGUUACUUAGCAGCUGUGUGACUUUACUGUCUUAAUGAUAUGGAUUUUUGUGCUGCUGCCAAGUAUGAAACAGUUUGGCACACUAUUUUAGAAACGCAAAAUAUGUGAUCUCCACAACAUUUUAGUGAGUGUAAAGAAGAUAGGAUAGACUAUUUAAAAUGGAAAAUUUUGGACAAAAGGUCACCACAGACCUGAAUAAAUUACUUAAACUUCUGAGACCCACUUUUGUCAUGUAAUAAAAUAGAUAUAAUGAUACUUACCUCUCAGGAUUAAGGGUUAACUGAAAUAUUGUAUGUGAGGGUCUAGCUCAGUGUCUGGAAAAUGGAUGAUGUUAAUUAAGGUUUCCUUAGGUUGGAAUGCUCCUUUCAGCCCCUCCAUCUGCCCCCUCCCCCAAAACACACUCCAAAAUUCAAACAUGCAUAUUCUGAUUCAUCUUUUAAGGAAGAGCCCAAGAGGCACCAUUCUACAAAAUCUUUCCAAACAACUUCAGGCAGUACAGCCCUUUGGUUAAGAGUACUGGGCUUCUGGAAUCAGAACAGACCACCAAAUUUAAAAUCAGGUCUGCCAUUUAGUAGCUCCCUGACACUGGAAAAAUUACUUAUUUUCUCUGCACCUAGAUUUCCCAUCUGUAAAAUAAAAUCAUCAUGAUACAUACCUCAUAAGGCUGCAGAGGAUUAAAUGAGAUAUACAUACAGAGCACUUAGCACAGUCCCUGAGUUAAUAAGUCCUCCGUUAAGUAUUACAUAGAAGUAGUAAAAAGUUUCCUCUUAAGUAAAAUGCUAAUAAAAGUGCUUACCCUGCCUCCCAAGAUUGUGGCAAAGUUAUGACGCAAGGCUUUUAAACUGUAAUGCUGAACAAACGUUAAGGGAUUGGUAUAUACCUUGAGAUAUUUUGGACAAAGUUCUAACCUUACUUUUAUACAAUAUGCUUUCUCUCACCCGCCUGCAGUUGGGUUAAUAAUGCCCAGCAUUAAUUAAUAGGAAAUAAAAUCAGAAGAUACCCCGAAUACAAGUAGCUGACGCUCAGAGAGCAGUAUUAAGGCGAGCACUCGCAGACCGGACCUGGAUAAUUCCUUGGAGUUCACCUCUGGCGGCCCCCUCCCCUUGGAGCUGCGCAAGCGUACACUGACUUUGCUCCUCUAUAGUGCCCCCGCCUCCAGCAGCCGCCCCCCACCCCCCCAUCUGCCCAACACGCAGGCGCGUCUCCUCAAAUCCUGUCCCUACACCCCUCCUCUUUCUCUUCAUUUCGUUCCCCCUCCUCUUGCAGCACCUCAGCAGGUUCAAACUCUUCUCCGGGAGAGUGGCGGCGAUCGCGAGGUCACGUGAUGAGCAUCCUGCUGCCCAACAUGGCGGAGUUCGACACCAUCUCGGAACUGGAGGAGGAGGAGGAAGAAGAAGCGGCAACGUCGUCGUCGUCGCCGUCGUCGUCGUCGUCGGUAUCUGGGCCCGACGAUGACGAGGAGGAUGAGGAGGAAGAGGAGGAGGAAGAGGAGGAGGAGGAAGAAGAGGAGGAGGAGGAGGCGCCGCCCCCGCCUCGGGUAGUGAGCGAGGAGCAUCUGCGGAGAUAUGCACCCGACCCUGUAUUAGUGCGGGGUGCCGGCCACAUCACUGUGUUUGGCUUGAGCAACAAGUUUGAUGCUGAAUUUCCCUCCGUUCUAACAGGGAAGGUGGCCCCAGAAGAAUUUAAAACCAGCAUUGGCCGUGUGAAUGCAUGUUUGAAAAAGGCUCUCCCGGUCAAUGUGAAAUGGCUGCUGUGUGGUUGUCUCUGCUGCUGUUGCACACUGGGUUGCAGCCUAUGGCCUGUUAUUUGUCUCAACAAAAGAACCAGAAGAUCAAUUCAGAAGUUAAUAGAAUGGGAAAAUAACAGAUUAUAUCACAAGCUUGCUUUGCACUGGAAGUUGACUAAGAGGAAAUGUGAAACUAGCAAUAUGAUGGAGUAUGUAAUACUAAUAGAAUUCUUACCAAAAUAUCCCAUAUUCCGACCUGACUGAGGAGUUUUAUCCAGUCACUUCUGUGUUACCUGUCAUUUCCUACCCUUAGUGCCUUGUAGAUUUGGAAUGAAGAUGGUCUCCUUUGCUGUGUUCAACUUAUUCUUUAUAAUGGUAGAAUAUUCUUCUUGCUCUUUUGUGUUGGUUUAUGAAGAAAAUUUGCACAUCUUUUUUGUCUUUCAAUGAGGCUUGUGUUUUGCACUCUCAAUUUUAAAUACACACACAUGCGUGUGUGCAUAUACAUAUAUAGAUAGUUGCCAUUAAAGGUAAAUCAUCAGUGUUGGUGUUUAAAAAACAAAAACUUGUUCUGAGCAUGCUGCCUUAUAAUUUUCAUACUCAUUGUUUCUAAACUUGCAUCAUUUUUCUAGGCUACUUGAUGCUCUGUAAUCCCUUACUGGACAAACUUAAGCUUUUGGUAGCUUUUAGAAAUGGUUUUACUCUGCUUUUAAAGGACAUGCAAUUAAUGGCACUGGUUUUGUCCUGCACUUUGCUUUAUCACUUAUGUUAGUGGAUAAAAUACUUAAACUCCUAAAGACUUGUAAAUAUUGCCUCUUUGCAUAAUGUAAAAUGUGGUAUGCCAUGGUUUACAUAAUGUAAUAUUACUCUUAUUGUAUUGCCAACAAUUUUACGUAGAUUUUAAUAUGAAUGAAGUUUGCAAGCAUCCCUUUGAAUGUAGAGACUGCUAACAUGCUGUUUUGUGGCAAGGCCAUAAUGAGUAUGUUAAGAAUUUCAGGUGUAGGGCAAGGUUGCCCUUUGUAACAAGUGGAUUAAAAUUGAAAUUAUUAUCUCAGAUAUUCUGUAUUGCACCUGAAACCAUGACCUUUAUUUUUCCAUUUCAUUUAAUAAUUUCCAUUUUGUUCUCUACUCCUUCCCACAAAAAAAUUAUUUGACAUCUGACACAUUUCACAGUCUCACUAUCCUGCAUUUAUUAGCCUUUUCUUCCUUUGAAAAAUACACACAAUUAUGACCUUUAAGGAGUAUUUUGAGAUUUCAGACAUCUUCAGAAGGUAUCUAGACCCUCUUGAAAGCCACUAACACCUUUCUGCAGCCCUGAUAUUCUAGUUUGAGAAAGAGAGAGAACUAAUUGAGAAGCUGUAGCUAAAGAGUAUAGCAGCUGAUUCAUAAUUGAAAAAAAAUUCUCAAUUCUGUUUUUGAAGAUCUUUUAUAAAACAUUAAUGAGGAAAGACAAGUGUUUAGACAAAAGUAUUUUAGUUUAUAAAUUCAGCACAAAUGUAACAUUUAUUUGGUACAUCUAUUUUUCUUCACAAUUAAAAUGAUUGCUAGCACCACACAACUAGAAUUUGAAAAUUCAGUAUAAUGAAAGCUUUAUAUCACAUUAAUUCAACUGCAAAUGUAUGCCUGUUUGUAGGCAUUAUUUGUAAUUCAUAGUGCUAAAAAUAAAAGUGUCUAGGGCUCAAUAAUAUUUUGUCAUCUUACUCUUACUGCUUUUAGUAAACCUUUUAGGCAAGAUUCAUCUCAGUGAAGUGAACAAUCAUUUCUUCAUACAAGGUCAAGCCUUUUUAAGCCACUCUUAAAAUUUAUGCCUAAUUUGAAAUCCACAGUCCUUGACCAGUUUAAAAAAGAGAGAAAAAGAAGACACUAUUUGAUAUGUGAUUAUAAUUGUCUGCACAAACACUUUUCCACCUUCCUCUGUGCCCCAUUACCUCUAUGCCACUCAGUCACCCCAGAUCUCUAACCUUUAGUAAUGUGUAUGCCUUGCAAAUAUCAUGUGUUUGCCUGCUGCAAAAUUGAAGGUGUAUUUUUAUAGACAAGGUAGAAGCCUCUGAAAAUGUAUACCAAAUGUCUUGUUUUAUAGCUAAGGUCAGGGAAAAAUUAUAUCUGAGGUUUAUGUUCCAGUUAAUGUUAUCAAAUUUAUGCUUCAAACUGUGAUAUUUUAAUACCAAAAUCGAUUUUCAGCAUAAUACAAAAUGUCUCAUUUUCACUGAUAGAAUAAUUGCUUUUAAGUGUUGGUCCUUAGAAAUCUUAUUUUUUUCUGUAACCUUAGAAUUUGAUCAUAUGAUGGUCAUAGGAACUUUUUCUGCCAUGUAUAAAUCACACUUGGUUUUGCUCAAAGAACAGCAGGAAGUGAAUUGUUUCCAUGAAACAAUUAUUGAGAAUGGGAAUAGAGUGUAUCUGGAAAUGACACAGUAUAAUACAAAUUACAGUAGCAUUUGUCACAAAAACCAUUUGUCAGCAUGUGUAAACUUAAUUUUAAAGCCUAUUCUAAUCACUCAAGUUUAUUAUUUUAUUGUUCGUUAUGGUGGUUGACUCAUCUUAGUUUCUUCAACCACCCAAAAAAAUACCAAUUUUUUUUCCUCUCUUGUAUGACUACUUUUUCAAACUGUUUUCCUUUGCAGGGGGCUGAUUAGCAAUUGAGUAUUUUGUAAUAUUUGGGGGGGUUGCUUUGUUUUCAGUGAAAUUGGUUGCAAUGAAUGCUAAAAUGACACAGCACACUGGUGAUUAAUUCCUCCCCCAUGGAGUCUUUUUUCUGUUAUGCUUAGGACAGAACAUACUUGUAAUUUUCCAUUAGGUUAGUAACAUACUUUUGUGAAAGUUGUUUUUAGACUGAAGAAAGUAAUUUUGAAUUUCUUUGUUACAUAAUAUUCCUUUAUGAAACUUGUGAUAGUUUCCAGAGCAAAACAACAUGUAUUUGCCAAAGUAUAUAAAUCUCACAAUGCUUUGAGGUUACAAGCUAAAAUUGUUUUUUAAAAUUAAUGUUCCAAUGUUUCUCAUUUGGCCCAAGAUUCUGGCUUAAUAAAUUUGUCCAACUGGCUAUUUUUAAGCUUGUCCUAAAAGCCAAUAACAUGUUUAUUCCUAAUAACUAAUAUGGGCAAGUGUUAUUUACAGAUUUAUUAACUCCAUCCCAGAUAUAUCUCUACUCUUUGUUCCCUCCUAACACUUACGCUAAUUUAGGGAAGAGACCACUGUAGUAAAACUUUAGAAGAAGGUGGAGAAGUGCCUUGUCUUUUUAGAACAAAGAUAACACAUUACGUGUAAGGAAGCAUAAUAAAUGAAUUGGUAGAUCAUUAGAUUAGAAAUCAUCCUUUUCAACUAGGACUAAGAAUACUUUACUAGUGUAUUAUCUUUUAUUUAUCAUGUAAAGCCUCUUUCCUUCCUUUUCCCCAAUCAUGAUAUAUUAGUGACAAAAUAUUACAGAACCGGACUAUCAGUCACUUAAAAGAACAGUAUAAUUCUAAUGCUAGUAAACAUGUAAUUUAAUUUAGUUCUGGAAGGACAGUUGUCUUUUAUUAAAGCCCCACCAAAACCCAUUUAAGUAUUUAAUGUACAUACUAUUCAUAUUAUUAUGGCCUGUAAACACUACUAUCUGAGCAAUCAAACUGUUUUAUCUACCAUUUUUGAUGAAAUUUGAAUAAAGUUUAAAAACGUGUAAGCCUUUGAACAAAUGUAUGAAAGCUUUAAAAGAUCAUUAGCAUUUUUAUUUUGUUUAUGAAUAAGCUGCCAUUUAAAAAAAAUUAAACCUUGCUACUUGAACAUAAAGCUCUCAAACAAUAUUGUAUUAAAAUGUACUAUAUUGACCUAGGAGGAUAUAGAAAUUAUAUUCACCUGAUUAACUGGAGCAGUUUCAUAUAGUGGAAAUACUUUUUGCUAAUUUGAUUGUAAGUGCUCAAAUUUAUUGCAAUUAGAUUCUCUUAUGCCUAUAAAAGUAUACUUUAAAAAUAUUUUGCAACAACUGUCAAAUUAUUUGGGUUCCUUUAAAUAGCAAACAGUUGGGAAAUUUUCCACAAAAAUGAAUAGGUUUUAUUAAUACCUGUUCAUGUAGUAUGUGGACUAAAACAAUUGAUAUGUAUCUGUAUAUAAAAAUGAAUGAUCUUAUCUUGCCCCAAAUUUUUCUUACCUGAUUCUGAGCCAGCCUUUUUGUUUUGAUGGCACCCUGUGAGUAUGUUCCAUUUUCUGUGAACUUUGUCAAAUUCAUACUAUAUGAGGAAAUGAUCUAAUAUUGUGGGCCCCAGGCAGGUCAUCUUAAUUGCAUGUCUGUCUCUUCUGUAAAAUUAUGAGGUGGAACCUAGAGCUGGACAAAAAAUUAGAGAUCACUUAACAUUCUGUGAUUCAAAGAAUUCUUAGGACAUUUUUCCUUUGUAGAAUCUCAGAAUGAUUAUUCUCAGAUCUACCGUCCUUGGUGGAAACUCUCACAGUGCCUUGCAUGCAGUAAAAGUUUGAUUUGCCGACUAGCUGCUGGCUGACAUGUGUUAAUUAUCACACAGACUCCAAGAACCUGAUGCUUGCUAGACCUUAGUUCCUCGGUGAUGCUAAGAGUAAAUGUAGUUUUCCUAGGAACUGAGCACUGAGGUCUGUGUGCUUUGCCUGUGUAGAAUCUGUCUAUGCAGUUGGUAUUCAGGCAAGAAUUAUAGCUGUAACAACAAUGGAAAUAUUGGAGGAUGCACUUUGGCAUUUAUGUAAAGAUUUCAUAUCCUAUCCAACAUUUACUUUAGUGUCUAAUCAAAUUCCAUACCCUGAAAAAGAUCUGUUGGACAAAUUGAUAAAAUUAGGUGGAAAGGAAAGUGGUAUGGGACUCAAAUGCAAGUCACUUCUGGUUUAAUUAUUGGCUCUGCUGCUUAAUUCCUCUGUACCUCACGUCCUCAUUGUUGAAGUGGGGACGAUAAUCUGGACCUACCUCACAGGGGAAUUGAGGAUAUUUUCAUAUAUUAGUGUGCUUUGAAGUUGACUGAAAGAUAUACUGGAUAUCAUAAUUAUAUAAUUUCUAAAUAGAUUUCUUUAAAUCCAUGCUAUGUUUUCUUUCUCAGUCAGGUCCUACAGAAUGACUGUUGCAGUUGAUCUAUUGUUUUAAUAGUAAAUUUUGUUAUUAAUCCCCUAUGUGUUAAACGUGGGUAAUUGUAUUAUGUUAAUACAUAUUUAGGGAGGAAAGCAGGUGGAUGUAAAUCAGUGGUUCCCAACUUCAGCAGAUGAUAGCAGUGGAGGGUAUCCUUGAGCUUUUUGUAAUAUUUCAAAAAGUAUAUUAGAAAUUAUACAUUUACCCAUAAUAUUCCUGCUUCACAAGCCAAUUAAGACAUUGAAUUUCCAUGCAUUUUGCCUAUAUUCUCUCAAAAGCUGUGAAUGGCAGUAUGUUUUUGAUUAAUAAUAAAAUAAGAAAUCCUAUUAUAUGCAACUUAUUAAAUACUUGGAAACAUGGGAAAAGAAUAAUGAAGGGAUUCUUAUGGUGAAAAUGUUGGGAACCACUUUUAUAAAGGAAUUAAGAUUAUUUGAUCCUCUCCACAGAUUGCUUACCUAGUCUCUAAAUAAUGAAAUGUGUGUGUUUGUGUGUUUUGGCUAUAUUAGGCUAUAUAACUUCAGGUUAGAAUUUGCCUUCAGUUUUUUUUCUGUUUUAGAAUAUCACUGGCCUAAUUUAUUUAGGUGUGUACACCUGCAGUACAUGUUGCUCAUACAUACACACAUAUAUAGGAUUACAAAUGUGGAAAAUGUUAUAAUGUCAUAUUCUAGCAUUGGACUAAAUAUCAAUUUCUGACUCAAAGUAGUUCUGUAUAUAAAUUCAACAUGAUGAAUCAAGGCAAUAAUUUCUCAAAUGUUAUUUUAUUUCUUUGUUUUUAUCUCGACUUUUUAUUUUCCAUUUUUUCUAGUACGCAAAUAGUGUAAAAUUGUUUUAAUGCCUGGACUUUGAAACAAGUAACAAGUGUUUGAAAGCAUAUAAUCUACGAGCGAAUUUGCCCUCCUUGGACUAACCACAUACAAAUAUGAAUCCGGCUGCAAGAACAGGAUAUCCAGGUAACUAGAGAGUGGGCAUUGAUAAAAAUAUCUGGUGGAGAAGCCUAGGAUUUUGACUUUUUGUCAGAGGAUUCCUGUUGGGACAGCUUUACCAGAAAAGAAUAAUAGUGGAUAUGUUCAUCCAAACUAAGAACUUUCGUGCAUCUUGCAUUGUUACAUAGCCUGUGGAAUGAAUUCAUUUUUUCUCCCUUAAGUCCAGGAAUGAAUUCCCUGGAAAAACUCAAUCUAUAUACAGCUGUGCCAAAAUGAAGGAUACCUGCCUCUCUGAAACUUUCACUGCUGCUUCUGUCAUUGUUCACUUGUCAGAUAAAAUUUUAUUAUCUCAGGAUGCAAAUUUAAAAUAAAGUGUAAAUCUAUGUUAA